UUAUAACCCCAGAUCAAAACUCGCUCGCUACAUCCAACCAAACCGCCUCCGUCCACAAACUCUCUAUUUCUACUCUCUUCUGGGCAGUUCUAUUCCAACCCCAGAUCAAAACUCACUCAAUAACUCCCAAAUCAAACCACCUCCGCCCACAAAUUGUCUCUAUCAUAUAUUCUCUCUCCUCUCCUGUACAAUCUCUCAACCUGGCAGACAUCAACUUCAUUAGGUUGGAGAAUUAUUGUGGAGGUACUGGUGAGAAGUUGCAGGGUAUAUCACUCUGGCCGACACUCUAGCGUUAUCUUCUGCGGCCGGACCACGCCUCCAUUCUUGGAAGCCGGGUGUUCCGCCGUCUUCCGGUUGGCCUCGCUUACUGGUUUGGCGACUUCCUAUUGACUAUGGCUAAGGCUAACUUUUUGAUUGAGGCAUCAAUAAAAAUGUGAUCUCUCUGCCUUUCAAGAAUCUUUGUUGACUUAAAGAGGGUUCUUUUUUCUGCCAUUAGAGAUGUGAGCAUUAGUACCACUGGAUUGAACAAAAACAGGGUAAGAAAAGAAAGAGGAAAAAAAAAGGGAAAGAAAAUUGAGAAUAAAGAGUGGAUCUGCUUGAAUUUGUAGAUUUUGAGUCAUCCAUUGUCUGCAAUGACAAUUUUCAAUUGCUUCUCCGCACUGGUUGGGAAGAAGAAGAAGAAAGACAAGGAAGACGAGGAAUCUUCAAAAACCGUUGAUCACAAAAAGGGAGUUAGAACUAUGGAAGUGAAGCUGGAACACCCUUUGAAAUCUUCCAAACCAGAGGAGUUAAAUACAACUUCUUUUAGUGUCUCAGUACCUUUUGAUAUAAAGGGGAGUUCUACAUGCAAGGUCAAGGUAAUGAGCCAUGAGAGUCCCAUUGAAGGUGAAGCAGUGGAGGUAGCUUAUGAAGGAGAAGACGAGCACGAAGAUAACUCCUCCAUCAAGAGGGAACUCUCGGAUUUUGAUCUCCAAACCCAUGUAGCUAAUGCAGGAGAAGAAGAAUUUCAAUUGAGACACAGAAACAUGAAUUAUUCUGAUUCAUUUGAUAUUGAAGUUAAUGGACAAUUUGAGGACAAAGCCGAGAAGGAUGCUGAAAAGGGUGUUGAUAUGAUCCAGAAUGGACAUGUAAGUGAUCCGGGCAUACCCAAGGCAGAUUUCUGGGCUUCACCCAAGCUUAAGCGCUCCUGUUCUAAUUUAGAGUCGAGGGAUGUGCUCAAGAAAAUAGCUGGACAGUUGCCCCCUUCCAAGUCUCAUUCUUUUGAAGAAUUGCAAGGUUUAGCCGAUGGGGCAAGGGAGGAUGUUUUUCCGAGGAAUCCUGGCAGCCCAGGGUCUGUAUUGAGUCGUCGCAGUGCAGACAGAGUGAUGUUGAAGAAGCGCUCUUCAAGCCAAGUUUUGCCUUCAAGGAGUAGAAGAUUGUGGUGGAAAUUAUUCCUUUGGAGCCACAGGAACCUCCACAAACCAUGGACUACAAAGCCACGCCCACUUCCCAUCGCUGCUGCUUUCAACCAGCAAGGGGGUUACUGUUCGGAUACCCUUGAACCAAAUAGAGCUCUGCAGUUGAGUGAGCUGGAAUCACCUGGAUCAUUCACCGGCAACAACCACCCAAAUGACAACCAGAGCUGGGAUGGCUUUCAUGGUAGAACUUCUGGUUUAUGGCCCCAGAAUCACUGGGUUGCUUUCUCAGCAGAAUCAUCACCCUUUGCAAGAGUUGAUGAAUGGGUGAAAGAUCUGGAAACCCAACCCCCGUUGCCAGUUGACAAUGAUGACAACAAUGUUGAAGAUAUCAUCUUCCCACCUUCUCCUGAGACAGGUAGAUCACCGGCUAGAAGUACAGCACACCUGACUCGGCAUCCAAAUACCAAUCUUUCAGAGGAAAUAUUACAUGCCAAUAGUGUGAUCCAGUCUCUGAAUUCUUCUUCAACUGUGGCUCACAUCUCUGGUAUUGGUUUAAAAGUGAUUCCCACCAUAUCACACUUCUCCAGUCUACGAUCAGUCAACUUAUCAAGCAACUACAUAGUCCAUAUUACACCUGGAUCACUGCCAAAGGGCCUUCACAUCCUCAAUUUGUCCAGAAACAAGAUCAGCACCAUUGAAGGACUCAGAGAAUUAACCCGAUUGCGGGUACUUGAUCUCAGUUACAAUCGGAUCUCCCGAAUUGGGCAUGGGUUGUCAAAUUGUACGCUUAUCAAGGAGCUCUAUCUUGCGGGAAACAAGAUUAGUGAUGUUGAAGCCUUACAUCGGCUCUUGAAGCUGACAGUCUUGGACCUUAGCUUCAACAAGAUAACCACCACAAAAUCGCUGGGCCAACUUGUGGCUAAUUACAACUCCUUGCUGGCUCUGAACCUGCUGGGAAAUCCAAUCCAAAGCAACAUCAGUGACGACCAAAUCCGCAAGGCAGUUGGCAGUCUCCUCCCAAAGUUAGCUUACCUCAACAAGCAGCCCAUCAAACCACAAAGAGCACGAGAGGUGGCCACAGAUAGUGUUGCCAAAGCGGCACUUGGGUACAGUGGCCAGAGCUCUCGCCGGAGGGCAGUGAAGAGGGUGAGCCAAGGUGGUUCACUUGUCUCCAGUGGGCAUAGGAGCAGUGCGAGUGUUGGGCAUAAGAGCAGGACCAGGUCAAAGAGCAGAACCCACCACCAGUCGCCCCUCAAGACUAGUUCAUCUGCACUUGCAUCAUCAUCUCGCUAGUCUGUUUUUACGGUUGCAGGUGAAAAUCUCAAGGCCAAGUUUCUGGAAUAUGCAUCCCUUUAAUCUCAAGGCAUGUUGUUGAAUCUGUAUUUUUUUUUUUUGGUUUUGUCUUAUGUUCAUUAUCCAGUAAGCUAGUUUGCUGAAGCUACCCACUUUCUAGCUUCAGUAGGUAGCUCAGUUUGAGUUUUUCAUUGAAUACCAAAAAUGUCUGCAAUUCUGGCUUGAUUUUGUCUAGUGGAAACGGUAUCUGCAGUGUCAUACCAUGGUGGAUGUCUCAUGGCCCGCUAUAAUUUCCAUGUAGUGGUUGUUUCUUUUUUUGAAAAAAAAUAAUAUGGUGACUCAAUUUAA